UGAAGUAGAAGGUAGCAUCUGUCACCCAGGGGAACAGGAACAGCUUGUCUGGGAUCCAGGUGACAGGGCAGAGAUCCCGAAGAGCUCACUGGGGACCCUGGAGCGUGGGGGGCUGGGGGGUUUCAGGCCUGGUCCAGGGCAAGUUUUUGAGGCCCAGCCUUCAGAGCCCUGGGACAGGAGAGCUCCUGCUCUCCCAGUUUGAACGCGGCCUUCAACUCCAUCCUUAACACCCCUGAGCCUCAGUUCCCUCUCUUGGGAGAUGGGGAUGCUCCUAACAAUGGUCGAAACCUGAACUGAGAUGGUCUGGGUCUCGGAAGGUCAGUGAGGACCAAACAGCAAACACACAGAAUACACUAAGCACAGGGUCUGGAGGGAAUGAGUUCCGGGCUAACAGCAGGAGGAAUACUGUUCCAGGCAGGGAGCAGAGCUGGCCCAUGCAAGCUAAGCCAGGUGGACAGGCCUGAAGGCCAGGGGCUCAGCUGGGGGAAGGAGUGGGACCAAGAUUUGGGGACCCCAAAGGAACAGGGAGGGGUUUGGAAAGGAUUCCACAGCCAGACUGGACAUAUCAGUCAUAGCCUCACGGCUCACGCACAGCAUGGACCUGCGCACAAUGACACAGUCACUGGUGACCCUGGCGGAGGACAACAUGGCCUUCUUCUCUGGCCAGGGCCCUGGGGAGACAGCACGGCGGCUGUCAGGUGUCUUUGCGGGUAUUCGGGAACAGGCACUGGGGCUGGAGCCGGCCCUGGGCCGCCUGCUGAGUGUGGCACACCUCUUCGACCUGGAUGCAGAGACGCCAGCCAACGGGUACCGCAGCCUGGUACACACAGCCCGCUGCUGCCUGGCACACCUGCUGCACAAAUCACGCUACGUGGCCUCCAACCGCCGCAGCAUCUUCUUCCGCACAAGCCACAACCUGGCCGAACUCGAGGCCUACCUAGCUGCUCUCACCCAGCUCCGCGCUCUGGCCUACUAUGCCCAGCGCCUGCUGGCCAUCAACCGGCCCGGGAAGCUCUUCUUCGAGGGUGACGAAGGCGUCACUGCUGACUUCCUGCGCGAGUAUGUCACUCUACACAAGGGCUGCUUCUACGGCCGCUGCCUGGGCUUCCAGUUCACGCCCGCCAUCCGGCCUUUCCUGCAGACCAUCUCCAUCGGGCUGGUGUCCUUCGGGGAGCAUUACAAACGCAAUGAAACAGGCCUCAGUGUGACAGCCAGCUCCCUCUUCACCAGUGGCCGCUUCGCCAUCGACCCCGAGCUGCGUGGGGCCGAGUUUGAGCGGAUCAUACAGAACCUGGAUGUGCACUUCUGGAAAGCUUUCUGGAAUAUCACCGAGAUUGAGGUGCUAUCGUCUCUAGCAAACAUGGCAUCGGCCACCGUGAGGGUAAGCCGCCUGCUCAGCCUACCGCCCAAGGCCUUUGAAAUGCCACUGACUGCUGACCCCAAGCUCACGGUCACCAUUUCACCCCCGCUGGCCCACACAGGCCCCGGGCCCGUCCUCGUCAGGCUCAUCUCCUAUGACCUGCGUGAAGGACAGGACAGUGAGGAGCUCAGCAGCCUGGUGAGGUCUGAGGGCCCCAGGGGCCUAGAGCUGCGGCCCCGCCCCCAGCAGGCACCCCGCUCCAGGUCCCUGGUCGUGCACAUCCAUGGUGGCGGCUUCGUGGCCCAGACGUCCAAAUCCCACGAGCCUUACCUCAAGAGCUGGGCCCAGGAGCUGGGGGUCCCCAUCCUCUCCAUCGACUACUCCCUAGCGCCCGAGGCCCCCUUCCCCCGUGCGCUGGAGGAGUGCUUCUACGCCUACUGCUGGGCUGUCAAGCACUGCGGUCUCCUCGGUUCCACAGGUGAGCGGAUAUGCCUCGCAGGAGACAGCGCAGGCGGGAACCUCUGCUUCACUGUGUCCCUUCGGGCAGCAGCCUAUGGAGUGCGGGUGCCAGAUGGCAUCAUGGCAGCCUACCCGGCCACAAUGCUGCAGUCUGCCGCCUCCCCCUCCCGCCUUCUCAGCCUCAUGGACCCCCUGCUGCCCCUCAGCGUGCUCUCCAAGUGUGUCAGUGCCUAUGCUGGCGGGGAGAUGGAGGAUCACUCUGACUCAGACCAGAAGGCGCUGGGCAUGAUGGGACUGGUGCGGCGGGACACAGCCCUGCUCUUCCGAGACCUCCGCCUGGGCGCCUCCUCGUGGCUCAACUCCUUCCUGGAGCUGAGUGGGCACAAGUCCCGACCCAACUUGGUGCCCACAGAAGAGCCAAUGCGGCGCAGUGUGUCUGAAGCAGCACUGGCCCAGCCUGAGGGCCCACUGGGAACGGACUCCCUCAAGUACCUGACACUGCAUGACCUGAGCCUAAGCUCCGAGACACAGGACACCCCGGAGCUGUCACUGUCAGCUGAGACGCUUGGCCCCACCACACCCUCGGCUGUCAACUUCUUAUUUCGACCUGAGGAUGCACCUGAAGAGGCUGAGGCCCGAGACGAGAUUAGCACCAAGGAGGAGAAAGUCUACAGUGUGAGGGCCGCCUUCCCUGAGGGUUUCCACCCAAGGCGCUCCAGCCAAGGUGCAAUACAGAUGCCCCUCUACUCAGCUCCCAUCGUCAAGAAUCCCUUCAUGUCACCACUGCUGGCACCUGACAGCAUGCUGCAGACCCUCCCACCUGUGCACAUUGUGGCCUGCGCGCUGGACCCCAUGCUGGACGACUCGGUCAUGUUCGCUAGGCGGCUACGCAGCCUGGGCCAGCCCGUGACGCUGCACGUGGUGGAGGACCUGCCGCACGGCUUCCUGAGCCUGGCGGCGCUGUGCCGGGAGACCCGGCAGGCCGCGGCGCUGUGCGUGGACCGCAUUCGCUUUAUCCUCAAUCCGCCGGGCCCUGCCACACCGGCUGGGCCCACCACGCCGCCAGUCUGAGCAGUGGGACAAGGCCCACCAGGCGGGGAGAGGGGGGCUGGGGGAAAGCAACACUAAAGGCCUCUUGUACCCACCUGCCCAAGGUUCCGUGGUGAAUGCGCCUUGGGAAGGGCGGAGGGGACCACAGCCAGCGGCCCCUGUCCCAUCCGGCCCCUCCCUCGGAGCGGGCAGGAAGGGACAGGCUAUGCUUUAGGUCAAGGGUACAGCAAAAGGGGCGGGGUAGGGACCCCUGAAAGCUAAGACCCUGGCCUGGGGUGGGGGGGCACACACAAACCAGUCCCCAAGACAGUUAGACCUGCACUCCACCACUGACUUCUACUGCUGCUGCAACCGCCUCAGGGGCAGGGCUUGGCCCUACCUUGCAGGUCGGUUUGGUUUUGUUUGUUGUAAAUAAAGAUAUUUAAUUAG